AUGUCUGCUGAGUCGGGUACCGUUUCAAUUGCCAACAAGGGCAAAGCUAGCGUCUGGACCGAGGAAGCCAAGUAUGAAUUUCUGCUACGCAUUAUCCAUCAAUUGAAGCAGGGGCGCAGUAUCAACUGGAAUGGCAUCAGGAUGAAGGAUCGCAACACCAAGUCCCUUACCAACCAGUGGACCAAGGUCGGCAAAGACAUAUCUGUGCUGGAGGACCUCGAGGACGUCGCUGGAAGCGCCGCGCCCACUCCAAAGAAAGGAACACCUGCGAAGCGCAAGACGGCCGUGAAGAAUGAAGAUGACGAAGCUCUCCAGACCCCAGUCAAGAAGCGAGGUCGAACCGCGGCCGUAAAGAAAGAGACGGGCAGUGUUGGUGUAAAGAAGGAGGAAGACGCAGACGAGGCCGGUCAAGGUGUAAAGCAGGAGGACGAAGACGAGGCCAGCUAA